GUUACCUACGGAGGCAGCGACGUGACCCGGGCCUGCCGGAAGAAGCUGUGCGAGCCGGUGAUGGGCAGAUGCGUGUUGGAGUCGUGGGGAUUGCGUUGCUGUAGCAGCUGUCUGGCUGCCUGUGGUGCUGACUUUGUUUAAUGCUCCGUUGUUGUAAUCCCCGGGCGGAUGGGCUUGUCCUAUGGACCCGGGUUUGCUCUUCUCUUUAGCCCAGUGUCUUGUCGGUGACCGAAGAGUAUGUACCAUGGGGAACUGCUGGGCUCGGUGCAUGAGGUUGUUCAGGAAGGAGGCCAACAGGAUCCAGCGGGGUGGAGGAUCAAAGUAUUUUAGAACAACUGCUGUUGGAGAGCACUUUACCAUAGAGUUUGAGAAUUUGGUGGAGAGUGAUGAGACUGAAAGUCCAGGAUCCAACCAGAGACCAAUUAAUGAAGAUGAAGUUCAAAUCCUUCACAAUAGGCAGUAUGAUACACUUACUCAGAAGCAACUGGUAGCGGACACACAGCUCCAGUCUGAGUUAGCUGCACAAGAGGAACAGUUAAGGAUAGAAGAAGAAGCAUUUUAUGCUGCACAACGUGAAGCAGCCAGGGCAGCAAAGCAGAGAAAGCUUUUGGAGCAACAAAGGCUACAAAAGAUGAAGCAAAAGACCAAGUCUGCUGCAACCCCUGACCAGCAAAAAAGUGAAACGGGGGAAGAAGACUUUGAAUCAUAUCUGCAGCAUGCAAAAUCUCAAUCUGAAGCUUUCCGGAACCAACACAGAAUCUUCCCAGAGCCUACUCUUCUGACGCCAAACACUGAAAGCAGUUGUGACCUGACAACAAAAACCAAAUCAACAAAUGAUGAUAGUACAUCACUGGACCUCGAGUGGGAGGAUGAAGAAGGAAUUAACAGAAUGAUUCCAAUGAGAGAACGUUCUCGAACAGAGGAAGAUAUUCUUCAAGCAGCCAUGAGGCACAGCAGUCAUAGACCUGGAAGCAACCCCUUGUCUGCAUCAGAUGAUUCAACUGGACUAGAAUGGGAAAAUGAUUUUGUCAGUGCUGAGAUGGAUGAUAAUGGGAAUUCUGAAUAUGCUGGUUUUGUGAACCCAGUUCUAGAACUCUCUCCUAGUGAUGUGAAAAUUACAGAUGCUUAUCAGCAAGCUAGGUAGUGUUCUUGCCAGAUAACGUGGAAUGGUUUAAACCAAAAUUUUAAGACACUCUAAAAAUGUUUUUCAAUUUUCAUGGGACUUCUGUUUGUUUUUGACUAGUGGUCUGACUCGACAUAGAGUGCAAAACAACACAACUGCUUUGUAUUGUGCUAGCACAUACAACUUAUAAUUAAGUGCAAUUCUUGUAAACUUUCAGCUUAUGAAUGAAAUUUUUAAACCAUUACCUUUUGGUGUUGAUUAAAGUGUGUUGUAAAGGGGAAAUGUGAUGAAAUGUAACUGAUGAAACUUUCUAGCUACAUGGUGCAUGUCGGUAGGUAUUCAUUGCUAUAACUCAUUGCUGCUGUAGUUGUACAAGGAGUAACAAAAUGAAUGAACACACUGGAUUAGUAAACUGUUCUAUUGACUAAGUUUGGCAACUACUGUAAUGAAAAAUUUUUUUUACAGAAAUGAGCCACCUUUUAUGUUGUUGUUCUAUUGUUCUUUUUAUUGGAAGGUAUUCUUGGUUGAGUGUUAGCCGAUAUUUCUCCAACCUAUCAAAGAGCAAAAUACUGCAGAUGUCAGAAAUCUGAAACAAAAUUAAAUACUCAACAGGUCAGACAGUAUCUGUGGAGAGAGAAACAGAUUUAACAAUCCAGCUCAGUGACCUGGAGAAUUCUGCUGAAAUGUCAUCGACCUGAAGCUAUAGUUUUGUUCCUUCUCCUCCACAGAUGCUGCUUCAUGUUGAGUUUUUCCAGUAUUAUUUCUCCAAUAUAUGCUUUGUAUUUUUUUCUUCAAAAAAGAUUAUUCAAGUGUUAAUUCAUUUUGUCAUCUUCCAUAUUUGUUAAAUCCAUUGACUUUUUUCCAUCUUCUGGCCCUUUUUAAUCUAAUAAAGUAGAUAAGGUACUAGGAGGUUUUUGUUGUUAAGUGACAGCUCCCAACAGGCCUUUAGCUAAACUAGCUUUACUUUAAAGUGCAACUUCUAACUUCACCUGUUUUGCAGAAUUCACAAGAAAAGUUGACGCAUCGGUUAGCAUUACAUUUUGGUCUCCUACUACAGAAUCUACAGAGUAACAACUCAGCCUUGACCCUGUGCACUUAACACGCAAUAUUAAUAAUUUGUCUUGUAUUCAAUUUCUGAAGUUCGGUUCCAUUUUUCAGUACUUAAGUUAAAUGCAUGUACCUAGAAAGUUACCAAGGAUAAUGGUUUAGUGGGUAAAUGUAUUGUGCUGUUGUCCUUAAAUGUGGAUUCAAAGAUAACUCUGUGAUUUUCCACCUUUUUUUUUCGUGCUGGCUGCAGGAGUCCUGCAGAAAUUAGUUUACAUGAUGUUAACGUAUACCUUUUUCUAGUAGGAAGUACAACAGACAACAACCCUUAACACUAAACUAACCUUCUCACUUAGAGAAGCCAUAAGGAUAUCUUGCAUAAGAAAUGGAUUAGAAGUCAUGCUAGCAUACCAUAGGGAACAAUUCUGGCAUAAGAGUGGCAUCUUGUUUAACACACAGCCUUUCACUUUGCACCUGUGCAAAAUCUGACCUGGAGUACUUGAGAAUAAAGAAUUUACUGUUCUAUUCUUCAUCUCUGGCAUGUUACAUUGAGCACAACAACAUUUCUAUUCUACAAUUUGUUUACUUGCACAGAUUUAGAAGUUAAAUAUAAAACUGGUAGUUUUAUAAGGAAAUUGUAUUCUAGAAGUGAUUUGUUCAGCAAUUGUAAGUUGAAAUCCUUUAAGUAGUCCUCCAGAACAUUUUCAACUUUGAAUUAUUUUUAGGCUUGUUGGUGGUCCUUUUAUCUGGAAUCCAGGCAGCUGCCCUGUAAAGAGAAAGAAUCUCCAUGCUUACCCUCGUAUAGUUCCCAUUCUCCUAAGUAUGAUGGAAGAUCUUGUGGAAAAAUUCACUAUGGGUAUGAAAUAAAUGAAUGUAAAACCAGUUUUGCCAUUCAGUGGAGCACUGGGAACUACAGCUCAGGAGACCCAUGGAAAGGAACUUAAUGCUUGGAAGUUCAAUGACUGUUGAGAGAAGUGGUGAAAGAUGAAGAGUACAGGACAGGAAUAGAAGGAUAUGUCUGCAGGGGAGAUGUAGCAAAGUGGGAGGAAAGUUGUUUGGACCCAAAUACCAGCACGGACCUGUUGGGAUGUUGCUGGUAUUUGCUGUAAAUUCUGUUACCUGGAGUUGAAUGCAGUCCAGCCUUUACUUCCCAGGAGUGUUUUGUUUUAAUGCAGUUUCAUUUCUAUAACCUUGCCCAUGGGAACUGUUGGCAUAUUCGCACACUUGAUUAUUUCCAUCACUCUUAAACAAAUAUCCUUUACAGCAUGUAAGAAUUCUUACUAAAGUCAUUGCAAAGUUUGAAAUACUCUGUGCUCAAUUGUUCCAGUUUCAGCAGAACCAAAUGAUUUUGCUUAGUGCAUUCUGGCAAAUGGAUUUUGCAUUUUGUUGAAAAGGAAGUUGUGACAUUAAAUUCUCCUUAGUGUAACAUACUCAUGAAUUAAUAUAUUAACAAUGAUAAAAUAAAUGUAAAGGUGGAUUUAGAGUAAAAUAUAUAAUUGUUUUAAAAUGUGCUUUGAUCACAGUCCAAGCAUAAGAGUAACUUUAAUUCUGUUUUUAAUGAUGUGACAAUUAAGGAUAUUUCUUGCUCUUAAUGGCAAUAAUGAACUCAUAAGCAUUUUGGAGUGUGUUUCUUUUUAAAUACACCACCAGUUGUUGCAGUUGGCUUUGUUUGCUUUUUGUUUAUAUGAUCCACUGUAAUGACCUAAUCAUUUGUGAACCUAAACAUCUUUAAUAUAAAUAUUGCACAUAGCAUUAAACUGUGUGUGCAAAUGUUGAACAAAUCAAUUCAUUUAGUCUUUUACACCAAGGUUCUUGGCACCAAGCCAAAAGAGUAAUCUGUUCUUUCAUAACUCUAAGCCUCAUCCUGGUUUCUGAUGCCACCCUUCCAAGCAAACAUUCCUCCUACUGUAAUAAAGAUCGUCACUGUUCUAACCUUUAUUUG